UUUUUUCCGAAGCGGCUCCGAGGGAAGUUCGCUCGCUCGCUUUUCUCGCGUCCAUCUGCUGCUUUUUCGCCACCGAUCUUUGCACAUACCGAUCGAAGUGAACACAUAAGGCUCUCCUCUCUCGAUAUCUAUGAUUAUUUUGUGCGUGUGUUGGUGCGAUUUUUAGAAAAAAGCUCGUGGAAGUAGAGGAGGUACAAAGAGAGAUCUCUGAAGAUGAGAAAGGGGGUCUCCUCGGUCUCAGACAGAGCGAUCAUAUCAGCCUCUCUCAUUGAGCCGAAUAUGGGCUUGAUUUCGGGCUCGGAUCGCCGCUCUGCAGUUUAUCCCACACACAUCCAAAUGAUCACACCGCCUUCACAACCCAAUCAUGUCCGGGUGUCUUCUUCAUCUGGCAGCUUGUAUACAACUCCUCUCCAAGGAUCUGCAAACGGCACCGGCUUACGACCUGCUUUAGGACGACCUCCGGCCAAAAGGCGUUUGGAGUUGGACAUCGCAGACCACCAGUACAGUGAACCGGCCCGAAUGCCAAGGGGUCGCAGAGCAGCUCUCCGGAUGAAGAGCCCUAAAGCUCCUAAAACCCCACCCGAGAAGUCACGCUAUGACACGUCCCUCGGGCUUCUGACCAAGAAGUUCUGCCAGCUUCUGGCCCAGUCUUCAGAUGGUGUGUUGGAUCUGAACCAGGCCGCCGACGCGCUCAACGUCCAGAAGAGACGCCUGUAUGACAUCACCAACGUGCUGGAGGGCGUGCGGCUCAUCAAGAAGAAAUCGAAGAACAACAUUCAGUGGCUGGGCUCGACUCUACCCUCAGAAUCAGGGCCGCUGUGUCCACUUGGCCCUCUGCAGACUCUGAGCAGAGAGAUGCUGGCCCUGCGAGACGAGGAGAGACGACUGGACGAGCUCAUUCAGGCCUGCACUAACAACGUGCAGCAGAUGACUGAGGAGAUGCACAACCAGAAAUAUGCCUACGUCACGUACCAGGACAUCCGGAGAAUCAAAAGCCUGCAGGAUCAAACUGUAAUUGCCGUUAAAGCACCAUCAGAAACUAAACUGGAGGUUCCUGACCCAAAGGAGAGUUUACAGGUGCAUCUGAGUAGCUCUAAAGGCCCCAUCGAUGUGUUCUUGUGCACGGACACCAGCAAUUCCAGCAGUCCCCUGCGGAACGGUGUGGACGUGAAUGGAAAUGACACUGCCUUCCUCCGAAUGUCCAGAGAAGACACCAAAGACACAGAAAUGGCCGAAUCUCACCAGUCAAACGGCAGCGUGAUGCAGACGGGCACGGCACCCUUGUCUCCAUUCAGUUCGACUCUGUCCUCCAUCCUGGGGCCGUUUGUGACGCUUACGCCUACACUGCUGGGAGACGAAUACCCCCUGGGCAUGGACGAGGAGCAGGGCAUCAGCGACCUGUUUGACUCCUGCGACCUGGACAUGCUGCCUCUGGACGAGCUGCUCAUGGUGUGAGCCUGCAGGUGAACACCGGAUGGUUUACAUGUCACUCCACUCUUUUUUUUUUCUUUCUUUUUUUUUAAAUGGGGGGGGGGGGGGGGGGGGGGUAAUGGACUUGCGUGAUGAGAUGCGCUGGUUGAGUCUGGAUCAGUUGGACUUUUGGAUCGACCAUCACGAUUGGUAGUUUUGAUACCUUUUUGUUUUUGAUUUGCUUUUCAUUCUGUAAACCCAGCGGGAAUGUUUGUCUUUUUAAACCCAGUGGGAAUGUUUGUCUUUUUAAACCCAGAGGGAAUGUUUGCAUUGCGUAGUGGCUGUUGAAAGCUUCUUGGAUUCGAUGUCCGCAGUUGAGCCACAAAAGCUAAAACCUGGUAACCAGGUAGUUUUAUUUCGCGUCGCAGACUCGGUUUGCUUCGGCAGAUUUGUCUGGCACUUACAGACAAAACGGAUUCCGCAUAACUAUACUAGAUCAAAACUGCACAGCGAAGAACUUUUUAUUUCAGACCUUGAUUUCUUCAGAGGUAAGAUGUUACACACACAUAUCCACAGUUUCUCCUUAUCCUGAAAACAAAGCUUGGAAGAAAGUAGCCGCGAUCAUUGUUGUCUUUGGUGAGUGUACGUAGCUAAUACUAAACUAGCACACAUAUACAUCGAUCAGCCGUAACAUUAAAACCACUUGCCUAAUAUUGUGUAGCUCUGAACAGCUCUGACUGAUUGAGGCAUGGACUACUCAAAACCUCUGAAGCUGUGCUGUGGAAUCUGGCACCAAGACAUUAGCAGCAGAUCCUUUAAAUCCUGUACUGUAAGUUGCGAUGUUGGGCCUCCAUAGAUCGGACUUUUUUGUCCAGCACAUCUCACAGAUGCUUGAUCAGAUUGAGAUCUGGGGAAUUUGGAGGCCGAGUCAACACCUUGAACCUUGUCAUGUUUCUCAAACCGUUCCUGAACAAUUUUUGCCGUGUAGCAGGGCGCAUUAUCCUGCUGAAAGACCCCACUGCCAUUAGGGAAUACCGUUGCCAUGAAGGCGUGUACUUGGUCUACAAUAAAUUAUUUAGUCAGGUAGUACGUGUCAAAGUAACAUCCUCAUAAGUGCUAGGGCCCAAGGUUUCCCAGCAGAACAUUGCCCAGAGCAUCACACUCCCUCCACCAGCUUAUCGUCUUCUCAUAGUGCGUCCUGGUGCCAUGUCUUCCCCAGGUAAGCCAUGCACACGGCCAUCCACACUAUGUAGAAGAAAACGUGAUUCAUCAGACCAGGCCACCUUCUUCUCUCGCUCCGUAGUCCAAUUCUGAUGCUCAAUGCCCAUUGUAGGUGCUUUCAGCAGUGGACAGGGUUCAGCAUGGGCACUUUGACCGGUCUGUGACUCCGCAGCCCCAACUGCAGCAAGCUGUGUAUUCCGACACCUUUUUAUCAUAGCCAGCAUUAACUUUUACAGCAAUUCGUGCUUAAAGUAGCUCUUCUGUGGGAUCGGACCAGACGGGCUAGCCUUCCCUCCCUAAAUGUAUAAAUGUGUCUUGUCCGCCCAUCACCCUUCCUAGGACCCCGAUUGUCAGGUACUAACCACUGCAUACUGGGAACACCACACAAGACCUACUGUUUGCGUUUACAGGUCUAACCAUCACAAUAUGGCCCUUGUCAGAGUCGCUCAGAUCCUUACUUGCUGUCUAAUAUAUCCCACCCCUUGACAGGGUCCAUAAUGAAAUAAUCAAUGUUAUUCACUUCACCUGUCUGUGGUUUUAAUGUUCUGGCUGAUCGGUGUAAAUCAAGCACUUUGCAUACUGAGUAGUGCAUUAUUUUGGGCUAAAUACUAGCUAUAUAUAGCUACUCUCGUUUCUCAUCAGAACUAAAAACACAAACGACAAAUUCCGAGCGAAUUGUCACUUGCUAGUGCGAAUGCAUCAGUUUUAUUUGACUUACAAGCGUUUCCUUUUAAUUAACGUAUUGUAAAUCACCUUGCAAACCAGAACAGACAUGUAAGCUCUUUACUCGAGUUUGGCAGCGUGCUGAGCUUUCUUUUUUUCUUUUUUUCCUUGUUUAAAAGCUAAUCACUUUUUAAAAAGCCUAUGAACUAUUGUUAUUUUUCAUGAAGUGCACCUGCUCCUCUUGUACGUUGCUUUAGUUCAUGGUCCUUAUUCUGGACAUGAAUUGUGCCUUGUCGGAAGAGGCUGAUCUUCCUGCACGGAUCUAUAUACUCAAUUUGAGUAUCACGGACAAAUUGCUAACGUCUUCCGGUCAUUUCGCCUAGCAGAAUCGCUAUGCAGACGUCAAUAUGCCGUGCAGAUCACAUCGACUACCACAGCACUGAUUCUCUCAGGGCCGUUAUCGGUUUUCUCAUAUUCCUAUUAGUGCUAAAUGGCAUACAUUUCUGAAUUAUAGCCCUUUAGGAUCUUUAAAUCUUUAAAUUGGCCAUCACACGAUGAUGUCAGUUCGAGUUAUUACUCAGCUAUAGACCCUGUACCUCAUAUUAUUAUGGAUUAUGCAAAUCCACGACAUUUACAAUAAAUGUUGUACUGAAGUUUCAGUAAUGGUGUGAGGUAAAGGGCAUUGAGGAAUAGAUGAGCUUCGUUCAGGGAAAUCAUGUAUCUUUAUAAAACCAUUAACUGUCCAAAAGUGGUUUUUUUUUUUUUUUUUUAAAUUGGUGAACAAAUUGACCAGUCUUUUCACAUUAACAUUUCAAACCAUGAGAUAAGUAAGGUGUGGAGAAAUCAUAAAUUUAUUCUCUAGCCCACUUAGAAAGUGGAAGUUCCAGUAUGACCGUUUUCGUCACCCGUAAACCCUAACUAACUAGGCUAAGUGGUAGGCUAACUAGUAGCUAAUGCAAAAUUAUAACAUAUUGCAAGCUAGCUAGUUAAGUGCAUUAAUACAGACUAAAGGAAACGGGGGAGAAAAAAAAGUGUACGAAUUCCUGGCGAAGGGACAAUUGUGCAGCCAUAUCUUUAUCGUCUCCUGAUAAACAUCGUAAUAUGUUAGCAUGUUUGUGCUAAAAAAAAAAAAAAAAAAAAGGGUAGCUAUGAGCUGCGUGUGAUUUGUACACAUAGAUUAAUCUGCCUAGUAAAAUCCUACCUAUCAUAAAUCAGACUCUGGACUGUGUUGAAGGAUACACACGAAACGGAAAUUUGUUUUGUCAAAGUUAACACGGAGAAGUGUCUUUUUUUUUUUUUAAAUGAAUAAAAAAAAAUGUAUCUACGACUGGGGGAAAAAUCCCCCAAACUAAAUAGCAUAGAUACGAAAUCUGUUGCAUAGUAACAAGGUACACGUUACAUAUUGUACGCUGCACUUAUUGCGUAACUCCCAAAUAGUACGAAAAAUUCAUGUCAACACGUGACUCGUUCGCCACUCGAGAAAAUUACUUAGUCACUUUAUUUUAAGGUGUUGGGGUAAGUUCCUACACCUGUACUCCAGUACGUGGUUCUUAAUCGAGCCACAUACGUUAUAUAUACACAGGUCCUUUCCCUGAAUAGAUGCCUGAGCUUCACAUGUUGGUGCUGAGCUUUGCAAAGUCAUCAGGAUUAGAAAGGUUGCUUACGCUCAAGCUGAACCCGUCCUAGUUCUAACAACAACCUGUAACCCCUUAGACCCCGCCCGCCUCACCCCCCAGCCAAAUGUACAGCUUGUAAUGAGCGUAAAUUGAUGAUUUUAACGUUCUCGAGAGUUCUGGAGAGCAUUAGGAAAUGCGAGGAGCCUUAUUUACAGGGAUGUUUCGCUCCUUAUCAUUCUUUACACGAAGACCUCAAUAGAAAAUACCGUUCUUUACGUUUCCACGAUGUCUGUAUUACAUUUUUGUGUGGAUUUUGUGUAAUUCGUUGUUUCAGGUCCACUUCAGUUCAGUUUUCCUUCAAGUGCUUCUUAAGGUUAAGAAAGUAGCUUUGACUAUUUGACGAUCUGGUUAUAUCUUGUUUUUAAAAAAAUAAAAAAAUAAAUAAAAACAGAGUUCCUUCAGGGUCCUCCGGAUGAUUUUGGGUUCACUGUAGAAAGUGUAGAAGCGCUAAUGGCUCACUCAGAAGCACAAACCAAGAGUCUUCGAUUUACACUUCACGUGAUCUGUCUAGAAAUAAAAGGUUUUUCCCUUCCAAAUGAACGUAUUUUAAGGUUACUCAUGGAUUUUUCAGGUGCUUAAUGUAAAAUAUCCCAUUACCAAAAUGUAACACUGACCAAAGUGAAGUUCCUCUUCCUGAAUUUCUGAAACUGAGCUCAUCCCCCCCCCCCCCCCCCCCCCCCCCCCCCCGCCCCCCUUAGUUGAGAUCUUUGUGCCAGUUUCAUUACUGAUUAAACAUGAAGGAAACGUUUGACACCUUUUCACCACGUUUAAAUGACUAAAACGAUGAUUGUUCGCGGUUCAGUUUUGAUGUAUGUAUGUGUUUGUGUGUGUGUGAGCACGCGGUCACUUGUGCUGUGGUGGAUCACAUGUAGUAACCACAUCCACCUUCAUAAAAAGAGGGGAAAAUAUUCUGGAUGUCUUGCAUUUGACUGGCACUGGCAGAUGAUUUCCCUGCACUUUACAAUCCAAAAUAUGAUGUAAAAUAAAUGACUGUGGAAGUGUGUCUGUGGGUCUGAAAAUGUGUACAAAUGCUAUAAUGUGUCUGGUUGGGUCGUCCCCCGCUCUCCUCCUUAAAGUCUGGAGUGUUUUCAAUAAGCUUUUAUAACUCAAGGGCAACAUCCAGAUGAUUCAGGGUCAGAUUCAAAUUCUCUCCAGCUCCACCGUUGCUCUGGGGUUUUUUUUUUUUUCCCUUCCCCCCUGCCAUUUUUCAAAUGUAGUUUUAUAUUUGUGGCAUGGCUGUAUGUAUGUGUAUGUGUGUACAUUGUUGCAAACUGUUUUUAAUAAAAUUUUGAAUGCAAA